AUGGACGAGCCAAAGACUAAGAAGCGAGGACCAAAAAAUCCGUUGGUUGUUCGGUUUAUUGAGAAACUGUUUAAGAUGGUGAAUGAGUGUCGGAAGGGGAAGGUAGUGACAUAUGACAUGACUCAAAAGUGUAUAUUGAUAUAUGAUACCGACAAAUUUUAUAAUGAAAUUAUGCCCAAAUUCUUUGGAGUGAUGAGACAAGAUAGUUUUGUUCGACAAAUGAAUUCGUAUGGAUUUCAUAAGAAAAUGUACGAUGGAGUGGUUGGAUACUCCAACUCUUUAUUCGACCCGGACAACCCCAAUAGUUUGAUGUUAAUUAAAAAGAAGAAGAAAAUGUACAGUAGAAAAGAAGAGAAAGAGAAAUUGAAGAAAUUGUAUGAAACAAGGCAUGCGUUUUCUUUAUCAAUAUCUUCUGAAGUCUCGGAUGAAUUGAGCACUUCAAAGGAAAUGAAUGAAUUGUGUUUGAAAGAUGAGACUAUUGAAAAAACAGAGAAGAGUGACAAAUCAGACAUUAUAGACGAGAGAUAUAUAUUACCAGACACAAACAACAAAAGGGGAUGUAAUGGAUUUAAUUUUGUAAUAACUGAUAUGGAAGCACUGAAUGACAAACAAGUUGAACUACAAAAUGAACAAAUAGAUGAAAGGCGUCUUUCACAAGACCAACCGGUCACUCAAAAACAAGAGAAAUAUGAGAAAUGGAAUGAAGAGACUGUUCGACAAAAUGUUGUCGAAUUGAUGCGACAAACUGAUACCGAGCCCACACUUCGAGACUUGCAGAUGAGUCUUCAGAACCUUCAAAACGAUUUUUCUAUUUUAAGUGAUAAUCAACGGGUCUUAAGUGACCAACUCCGACUUCUUACAAAUUCUUUAGUCCCAUUUCUCUCCUCUGGUUUUGAGGAGUCCAACUAUCCUCUUUUCCCAGCGACUGAUCAAGAUCAAAUGAAUAGACACCAAGUGUAG